CGCCGCAGCCAUGGAGGACCCCGAGUCCGUGGGGGCCGCGCCGCCGCCCGGGCUCAGCUCGCUGCUCCCCCCCCGGGAGUUCCUGCGCUCCCGCAAGGGGCAGCUGCUGCUCGCAGAGUCGGUGCUGUCAUUUAUCAUCUUUAUCUGCUAUAUUGCAUCUCUAGCAGCUUCUUUCAUGAUGGCACCACUCCUAGAGUUUCUGCUGGCACUGUUUCUUUUUUUUGCCUACGCCUCCAAGCUUAAUGAGAAGUUUAAAGGAGUCCACUGGCCUUUGGCGGAUUUCUUGCGCUGCGUCACUGCUGCCAUUAUUUACUUUGCCAUUUCAAUUGCUGCUGUCUCAAAAUACAACGAUGGAGCAUCUAAAGCAGCAGGGGUGUUUGGGUUUGCAGCCACCAUCGUGUUUGCCAUUGAUUUCUACCUAACUUUCAAUGACCUGGUCACUUUCCUCAAGCAAGGCAGCUCCGAUUCCCCCGAGGGGCACAAGACAGAAGAUGAGGACUCCGACUCUGACUCAGACUGAAGAACCAAACACCAACCAAGCGUGAAGGGAAGAUGAUCAAGCACUUUCCUCUCUGCUGAAUGCACUGUAAAUUGAAAUAUCCCCUCAUUUCAGCCCCUUACCACCUCACUGUUCAUGGAAUCACCAGAGCACAGACAAGGCAGUGAUGUGGAAAAGGAGACUAUUCCCAGUGCCACUAAACUCUUUGACAGCUACAGAUCCUCCAGUAGUUCUGUCCAAACAACACAGCUCAAUUCUCUGUUGCUCCUCCCCACUCAGCACAUCCAUGUCCUGAGUAAAUGGGAACGGCAUUUUUAACAUUUACAGCUUUUAAUGUGCUUUCAUAAUUCCAAACCUUUAACACUUAAAGCUUUUAUACUUAUAUAUGCCAAAGAAGAGAGGUUUGGAUGCCUCUGUUUGUAUUUUUCUUGAUUAACUAACAGUAUUUUUUUAUCCAAAGUCUGAAUACUCCCAAGCACUGAAGGCAUGGAUUACAGUUAACAUGUUUGUUUCAAUACCUUUAAAUCUCCUGUCCAUCUGGGACAAGGAAAUGUGACAACUGGAAAUCUGCAGCAAGAACAAACCUCAGAGUAGUAUAAUGGUGCUGCAGGGCAGCUGGCUCAUCAAACAUUAAGUAUCCCUUGUUUUAAGCUGCUUGGAUGGAGUCACAUCCCCUCUGCUGCAAUUUCACCACAGGAUGGGGGGGAACAGGUGAGGCAGCUCUGGGCAGCCCUGACCUGUUUUUAGAAGCCCCUGUGAGUGUUUGCACAGCCAGGGAAGGCAGGCUUGGCCAACAGCUCCCAGCAUGACCUGCCUGGUGAAACCUGCAGGUGUUUGUGCCACAGGCUCCAGUGCCUGAUGUCCUGCUCUGUGCUGAGGCCACUGGUGCUGCCACACUGAGGGUGCCCAGGCCCCAGGAGGGCAGGGGCUCCUCCCCACUGUGAAAAGGCCAAAAAGCCAACCCCAAACUUCAGAAUGUCUGCAGUGGAUUCACCACUCCAGCCCCCUUAUUUCAGUGUGUGUGGGUGGGGUGGGUUGAGUUGAUUUUUCCCCCCUGGGAGGAUGUGACUUACCUUGUGGUGUUGUAUUCCAGGGGAGAAGCCCUCUGAAUUGACAAGCUGUUUUCACAGGUAGCACAGCCUACUUUGGAAUAUCUGUGUCCAUUUAUAAACACUGGGGAAUGCUUGGGAAGAGCACAGCACACUCCUCACAGAUGGCAUCAGACAGGUCUGUAGCAAAUAAACCUGUAUGGAUUUUUUAAAAAUUAAUACAGUACCACAACAGGUGUGAUUAAAAUGAGAGCAGAUGGUACUAACAGAGUAACUGAAAAACAGGGAUAAAACAAUAAAGGCAGAUUUCCUUUGGAAUAAAAUCAGCACCUGGGUUCCAGUUCCCUGUGGCUGGCAGGACAGGGGAGCUGGCACAGAGCAGGGGGUGCUGGUCAGGUUUGGAGUUGUCCAGCAGGCAGCUCCUACAUCUCCUGCUUCCUGACCACUGACAGAGUAAAUGCAGAACAAGUGAUUGCUUCUAAAUGUGACAGAUAAUCCUUGAUUUAUCAGGAAGAUCUCUUUGGACCUUUUCCUGUACAAAACCCCAUGUUUCUUUCCCUUCUCUUGUCUAUUUUACUGGCACACUGUGAUGUUCAGGGGACCUGGGCUCAUUUUUAUACUUGUUUUGUAUUUCUCUUUUUUUUAAGUAGAAAAAUAUACUGCAUGUCACAGCUGAAGACAUGGUUAAUAUUUAGAAACCAUGCUGGAUUAAACCUCUUUUAAUAGAA